AUGGAAUUUAAUAUUAAUAAUAAUAAUUUUAUUUGGGGAUUUAUGAAUAGAAAAAAUCAAGAUCAUUCUUUGAAUAGAUUGAAUAAUAAUAAUAAAAAUAAUAAUAAAAAUAAUAAAAAUAAUAAUAAUAAUAAUAAUAAUAAUAAUAAUAAUAAUAAUAAAAAUAAUAAUAAUAAUAAUAAUAAUAAUAAAAAUAAAUAA